UUUCUAACUGAGUGGGUGAGAGAUUUGAUGAGAUGCUCCAAGACUUUUCAGGAUUACAGACUCGGUCAUCCCCAAGAAUGGGAGCUAAACCAGCGCCUCUCCUUCUCUCCUUGCUUCUGGGACAAGUUCUCCAGCUCACGCUGUGUAAUAACGUGUUCAUUGACAAUAAGGAAGCCUCUCAGAUCAUUCGGGCAAAGAGGGCUAACGGCAGAUUUGAGGAGUUAAAACCGGGAAAUCUAGAGAGAGAGUGUGUGGAAGAGAUUUGUGACCAUGAGGAAGCUCGAGAAGUGUUUGAGAGAGUUGAUAAAACGGAAAUUUUUUGGGCGAAAUAUUUGGGCUGUGAGGGAACAAAAUUAUCCAGAACACCAGAAAAUAUCAACAGUUUGAGAGCAUGUGUGAAAUCAGAAGGAGACUGUUUCAUUCAUUUUGGUGAAAACUACGCUGGUAGAGUAUCUGUCACCAAGUCUGGAAGGUCAUGCCAGUACUGGAAAAGCAACUUCCCCCACAGGAUUCACGAAUUUAAUGUGACACAGCUGAAGCUACCGGAGAACUAUUGCAGAAACCCAGAUAAGAGCAGUGAAGGCCCUUGGUGUUUUACAAGAGACCCAACGGUCAGAAGGGAGUCCUGCAGCUUGCCAAAAUGCGGCGAGACUCUUGUUCUCCCUCCGCCACCUCCUAUUGUGAAAUCUGAAGAGCGUUAUGUGAAGAGUAAAUGCCUGGCUGGAAAUGGGGAGGCCUACACAGGGGAUUUGUCUGUGUCUAUGGGGGGACGCACCUGCAUGCAAUGGAGUGCACCAGAAGUGCAAGCCUUGAUUAAAGGAAAAGAGUUUCUGCCUCAAGUUCAACUGGUAAAGAACCACUGCAGAAACCCAGAUGGAGAUAUGGAGGGUCCCUGGUGCUACGUAAAGGAAGCAGGCGGAAACAUUACCAUUGAUUACUGUGACUUAGAGAUGUGUGAUGCCCCUCUGGACAAGUUUGUAGAGGAAGCAGGUGGUCGAGAGAGAUCAACUCUUGAUGGAAAGAGAAAGGCUUUUUUCAGCCCCCGCAGCUUUGGCAAUGGAGAACAAGAGUGUGGAGAGCGCCCCUUGUUUGAGAAGAUCAACAAAGAAGAUAAGAAUGAGAAGGAGCUACUGAUGUCAUACACUGGAAGCAGAAUAGUGGGAGGAGAUGAGGCUGAAAUGGCCAGUGCUCCAUGGCAGGUAAUGUUAUAUAAGCGUAGUCCUCAGGAGCUGCUGUGUGGAGCCAGUCUGAUCAGCGAUGAAUGGAUUCUCACUGCAGCCCACUGCAUUCUCUACCCACCGUGGAACAAGAACUUCACCAUCAAUGAUAUCAUCGUCCGCCUUGGAAAACACUCUCGUACCAAGUAUGAGAGGGGCAUUGAAAAGAUUGUGGCCAUUGAUGAAAUCAUUGUCCACCCUAAAUAUAACUGGAAGGAAAACCUGAACCGAGACAUUGCUCUUCUGCACAUGAAGAAGCCUGUAGUCUUUACAAAUGAGAUCCACCCUAUCUGUCUGCCCACCAAGAGUAUCGCAAAGAAUUUAAUGUUUGCAGGAUUCAAGGGCCGUGUAACUGGCUGGGGGAACCUCAGGGAAUCAUGGACAUCAAACCCAAAAAAUCUUCCUACAGUGCUGCAACAGAUUCACUUGCCCAUUGUGGAACAGAGCGUCUGUCGCAAUUCCACCUCGGUCAUCAUCACUGACAACAUGUUCUGUGCUGGUUACCUGCCAGAUGAUACAAAAAGAGGUGAUGCUUGUGAGGGAGACAGUGGAGGGCCUUUUGUGAUGAAGAGUCCUACAGAUAAACGGUGGUAUCAGAUUGGCAUUGUGUCGUGGGGUGAGGGCUGUGAUCGUGAUGGCAAAUAUGGAUUCUACACACACUUAUUCCGUAUGCGUCGCUGGAUGAAAAAGGUCAUUGACAAAACAGGCUCUGCAGAUGAUGAGUGAUCUUCCAACUUGGAACGAGACCUUUGCCACACAAGAAAUUAACACCUUGGUCAAAUGUGAUUAAACCUUCAAAUUGAUGAAUAAAUCUGAAUUCUUUGUAUGUUGAUA